ACCGCACUACAGAAGGAAGUAGACUCAAGUACCCGCCAACCAACCACACGUCGGGCGGUCGUCGACUACCUAGUGACGCAUGGUGCACAUGGGCCAGCUAAAUCUCACCAACUCAGAAAAAAAAAAAUUGGGGAGAAAACGUCUCCAUUUACCUUUAACAUUGACGACGGUGAAGACCACCUUUUGUCCGCCUCUUCAAGAGCUGUAGUGGUUUUCUCGGGAUCUGGAGGACUGAGCAGGUUGUACAGCGGGUGGGCCACACGAGAGAAGUUGGGCCCCUCACUGGCGCCAUCUCUGCCGGAUCCAUGUUUGACAAGAACACUUCAUAAGACAAUGAAUGGACGUAAACGUAAAGAGGCUCCUUCAGACUGGGGCUGCUUGGUGGCAAUAUGUUUCUUCGUCCUGGGCCUGGGAACGCUGCUGCCAUGGAAUUUCUUCAUGACCGCCAUAUUGUAUUUUGAAAGCCGCCUGAACACAACAGGCACACCAACUGAGGCGGACAACAGCACAGCGGAGGCGCCUAAAGAUUACUAUUUCAACAGCCUGAUGACCCUGCUGUCCCAGCUGCCCCUGCUGCUUUUCACCCUGCUCAACUCCAUCCUCUACCAGAGGAUAUCCGAGGCCAUGCGUAUAGGCGGCAGCCUGGUUUUCAUCCUGUUGCUUUUCAUCCUAACCACUGUGCUCGUGAAGGUGGAAAUGGACACUGACCGCUUCUUUUCCGUGACUAUGGCUACAAUUUGGUUCAUCAAUUCGUUUGGAGCCGUGUUGCAGGGAAGUCUAUUUGGCUUGGUUGGUAUGUUUCCCCAGAAGUACAGUUCCAUUUUCAUGAGUGGUCAAGGACUUGCCGGGACCUUUGCCGCCAUUGCCAUGUUGUUAUCCAUUGCCCGAAACGUCGACAUGACUUCUAUGGCUUUGGGUUACUUCGUCACACCCUGUGUGGGUACAUUGUUCACGCUCUUCUGCUACCUCCUCCUGCGCCGCCUGAAGUUUGCUGAAUAUUACCUGGACAAGAGCGACAAAUAUGAAGAGGACACCACAAACCAGCUGCUGACAUUUGAGAGUUCCGCAGUGGGGAAUGACAAGCUAAACGGCCACGCUAAUGGCUCGGUGGCCAGCAGCCCCAAAAAAGAUGGCGCCUUGCAGGAGGGCAAGGUGGACGUAGCCAAGCAGGCAUUCGUUUCUCUGGAGCAAGUGGAAAAGAACCAAGCUAAAUCCUCGGUCAUCGAGGUCUUUAAGAAGAUAUGGGUCAUGGCGUUCUGUGUGACAUUUGUGUUCACUGUCACUCUGUCGGUCUUUCCUGCCAUCACUGCAAAUGUCCAGACGAUGUACACAGGAGAUUGGGAGCGCUACUUCAUCUGUGUCUGCUGUUUCCUGACCUUUAACCUCAACGACUGGCUUGGCCGGACCAUUACCACUUGCGUGCGCUGGCCUCGCAAAGAGUCCCGUCUUUUCCCGCUGCUGGUGGUCUCACGCGUGGUCUUCAUUCCUCUGCUGUUGCUCUGCAACAUCCAGAUCUCAAACGUCAGACAUCUGCCCGUCCUCUUCUACCACGACGCCGCUUUCACUAUCAUCAUGGCGCUGUUCUCGCUCUCCAGCGGUUACUUUGUGUGCUUGUCCAUGUCCUACGCGCCGCAGAUGGUGGAGGGCAAGGAUGCGGAGACUGCUGGGGCCCUGAUGACCUUCUUCUUGGCGUUGGGUCUCUCCAUCGGUGCCUUGCUGUCCUUCCCGCUCCGCAUUCUAGUGUAGUUUAAACACACACUUUAGUGCUGGCAAUAAUAAGGAACAAAACAGUUUGCUAUUGCACAGGUUAGUUUUCUUAUUCGUGCUGUAUUUCCGUUAGUCCUAAUGCAUUUGUAACUUAAAUGUAGUUUUAUGCAGCUCAUUAUGAAUGCAGGGGAAUUUUAUUUUUGCUUUGAUUUUAAUGCUUAGUUGGAAUUUAAUUAGACAUGGUUUUACAGUCUCUUUCUACAAACCCCGUUUCCAUAUGAAUUGGGAAAUUGUGUUUGAUGUAAAUAUAAACGGAAUACAAUGAUUUGCAAAUCAUUUUCAACCCAUAUUCAGUUGAAUAUGCUACAAACACAACAUAUUUGAUGUUCAAACUGAUAAAAAAAAAAAAUUGUUGCAUAUAAUCAUUAACUUUAGAAUUUAAUGCCAGCCACACUUGACAAAGAAGUUGGGAAAGGUGGCAAUAAAUACUGAUAAAGUUGAGGAAUACUCAUCAAACACUUAUUUGGAACAUCCCACACGUGUGCAGGGUAAUUGGGAACAGGUGGGUGUCAUGAUUGGAUAUAAAAACAGCUUCCCAAAAAAUGCUCAGUCUUUCACAAGAAAGGAUGGGGCGAGGUGCACCCCUUUGUCCAAAACUGCGUGAGCAAAUAGUCAAACAGUCUAAAAACAUUUCUCUAAUUGUAAUUGCAAGAAACUUCGUGAUUUCAACAUCUACGGUCCAUAUCAUCAUCAAAGGGUUUAGAGAAUCUGGAGAAAUCACUGCACGUAUUGGGCAUUGCCGGAAACCAACAUUGAAUGACCGUGACCUUCGAUCCCUCAAACGGCACUGUAUCAAAAACCGACAUCAAUCUCUAAAGGAUAUCACCACAUGGGCUCAGGAACACUUUAGAAAACCACUGUUACUAGAUACAGUUCGUCACUACAUCUGUAAGUGCAAGUUAAAGCUCUACUAUGCAAAGUGAAAGUCAUUUAUCAACAACAUCCAGAAACGCCGCCGGCUUCUCUGGGCCCGAGAUCAUCUAAGAUGGACUGAUGCAAAGUGGAAAAAUGUUCUGUGGUCUGAUGAGUCCACAUUUCAAAUUGUUUUUGGAAAUAUUCGACAUCGUGUCAUCCGGACCAAAGGGGAAGCGAACCACUCAGACUGUUAUUGACGCAAAGUUCAAAAGCCAGCAUCUGUGAUGGUAUGGGGGUGCAUUAGUGCCCAAGGCAUGGGUAACUUACACAUCUGUGAGGGCACCAUUAAUGCUGAAAGGUACAUACAGGUUUUGGAACAUUUGCUGCCAUCUAAGCGCCGUCUUUUUCAUGGACGCCCCUGCUUAUUUCAGCAAGACAAUGCCAAACCACAUUCAGCACGUGUUACAACAGCGUGGUGGCUUCGUGAAAAAAGAGUGCGCGUACUUUCCAGACCUGUCUCCCAUCGAAAAUGUUUGGCGCAUUAUGAAGGGUAAACGACUGUUGAACGACUGCAGCUCUACAUAAAACGAAAAUGGGAAAGAAUUCCACUUUCAAAGCUUCAACAAUUAGUUUCCUCAGUUUCCAAACGUUUGAGUGUUGUUAAAAGAAAAUGUGAUGUAAAACAGUGGUGAAGAUGCCCUUUCCCAACUACUUUGGCACGUGUUGCAGCCAUGAAAUUCUAAGUUAAUUAUGUGCAAAAAAAAAAGUUUAUGAGUUUGAACAUCAAAAUCUUGUCUUUGUAGUGCAUUCAACUGAAUAUGGGUUGAAAAGGAUUUGCAAAUCAUUGUAUUCCGUUUAUAUUUACAUCUAACACAAUUUCCCAACUCAUAUGGAAAUGGGGUUUGUACUUAAUAUGAAGAAAACAUCCAUCUUUUGUAGCGCUUAUCCUCAUUAGGAUCACGGGGUAAGUUGAAGCCUAUCCCAGAUUACUUUUUGAGAGAUCGGGUACACCCAAGACUGGUCACCAGUACAAACACAGAGCACUUACAAUCAUUCAUACUGACAAUUUAGAGCAGGGGUCCUCGAACUUUUGGACUCGGUGGGCCGCAUUGGGUUAAAAAAAAUCGGCCGGGCUGUAUAGACUAUAAUAUAUAUAUAUAUAUAUAUAUACAUAUAUAUACAUAUAUAUAUAUGUAUGUGUAUGUAUGUAUGUAUAUAUGUGUGUGUGUAUAUAUAUAGAUGUAUUUGUGUAUGUAUACAUGUAUAUGUAUGUAUAUGUGUAUAUGUAUGUAUAUGUGUAUAUGUGUAUAUAUACAUAUGUAU